ACAUUUUGUAAUGUCGUUUCUUGAUGACGUGAGAGGGGAGCGACACACACGCGUGCUAGCAGUGUAGUUUACAUAAUGGCUGCGGUGCAAGUCAGCGAGGCUGAGAAGGUUUACAUUUUACACGGCAUACGGGAUGACUUACGGGUGGACGGGAGAGGCUGUGAGGACUACAGACACAUGGAGAUAGAGACUGAUGUGGUGUCCAACACUGACGGCUCGGCCAAAGUCACUCUGGGACACACUGCAGUUCUUGUCGGGAUUAAGGCUGAAAUUGGAAAGCCAAGGCCCAUGGUGCCAGACGAAGGUUACUUGGAGUUCUUCGUUGACUGUUCAGCCAAUGCAACCCCUGAGUUUGAGGGUAGAGGAGGCGAGGAGCUGGGGACUGAGCUGAGUAACACUCUCUACAAAGUGUUCAACAACAAACACAGCGUAGACCUGAAGAGCCUCUGUAUCAGUACAGGAGAACACUGCUGGGUCCUCUAUGUGGACGUGCUGCUCCUGCAGUGUGACGGAAACCUGUAUGACGCCAUCUCAGUAGCUAUAAAAGCAGCUCUCUUCAACACAAAGAUUCCUAGAGUGCAUAUAUCAGCUGAUGAUGAAGGAGGGAAGGAAAUUGAGCUGUCAGAUGACCCGUAUGACUGUAUGAGACUUAACGUAGAAAACGUUCCUUGUAUAGUGACAUUGUGCAAGGUGGGUCAUCGACACGUAGUGGACGCGACUCUACAGGAGAAGGCAUGCUCUGUGGCAAGCCUGAUCAUCUCCGUCACACAUAAAGGCACGGUCACCUGCACAAGGAAGGUGGGCGGAGGCAGCCUGGACCCAGAGAGCAUCUUCGAAAUGACAGAGGCAGGUAAACGGGUUGGGAAGGCUCUUCAUGCUCCGCUCAUGAAGCUGCUGCAGCAGGAGGAGAGUUUGGGGAAGAAGCAUCAGAAAGUCGGCUUCCUUGGUUAAGAUCAGUUACUGUAUCUACAGUAUGAAUGUACAUGUAUACAGAAUUUUAUAAUUAAACUUUUUGUACAAAU